AUGCAAGAAGAAGAGGUACCCUACCCUAGGUUAGCGUAUGACAGGCUUUUCUCCCCCGCUCCCUGUCCUACCCCUGUCUGCGCCACGCCCGUGUGCACCGCGGCUUCUACUCCUCUGUCUGUCCCCCACCGCCCCCUCCUCUGUGACUCGGAUACUCCCUUCACUUACCCCGGUCUGCGUCACGCCGGUGUGCCGUGCACCGCGGCUUCUACUCCGCCUACCACUUCACAGCCCCCCACCGCUCAUAUCCCUCCCAACCGUUCUCCUUUCUCCUUCUUUGCUCCAUCUCACUCCCUCCCGUCCCACAGGCCUACGCUUACGUGGGGUGGGACCCCCCCUCUUCGACUAAUAGUGGUUGCAUUCAGGGGCACCUGCACUUCGUCCCUGCGGAAUUGGAUCGCUGAUCUAGAGGCCCUCCCGCGCUCCCUCUCCUACCCCGGUCUGCGCCAUGCCCGGGUCCACCGCGGCUUCUAUUCGGCUUACCACUUCACGCGCCUGCGGCCCGCCGUUGUUCAUGCCGUGCUGUUUCUCAUGACGAUUCUCCCGGGAAGCUUCCGUGUGGCCUUUACGGGGCACUCCCUGGGAGGGGCCCUGGCUACUCUCAGUGCUCUCGACUUGCAGGUGUCCUACGACCUCCCAUCUUCCGACAUUCGAGUUGUCACCUUUGGCUCGCCUCGAGUGGGCAAUGCUGCUUUUGCCGCCUACUUCCGCCAGAAGGUUCCUGGAAGCAUCCGCGUGACCAACUGGAAGGACCUUGUGCCGCACUUACCACCCGCAACCAUCGGUUAUCAUCAUGUUGCGACAGAGGCCUGGAUAAUCCCGGACUCUGUUCACAACACCUCCUUCAGUCCAUCAAGUUCAGCUCUACCAAGUUUGAAGGAGCGUUCUGGCUUGGUUUCUUUACCACACCUGCUGAGGCAACGCGGGUCGUUGCCCCGGCGAGUGUUGCAUCGUCGAUCGUUACAACAACGAGGAACGUCGUUACACUGGCAGCUGUCGCAAGAGGAAAUGCUCGUGCUUGAUGAUAUAAGCAGCCAGGCCAGACAUCAAGGUAAUCUGACGUGGCACAUACACCAGUGUGACGAGACAGGCGAAGACCCUUGCUGCAGCAGGUCAGUGGUGGGCGACAGUAUAGCCAACCACUUGGACACCAUCAGCAGCAUCAACCCCAUCAGCAGCAUCAACCCCAUCAGCAGCAUCAACCCUAUCAGCACCAUCAGUACCAUCACCACCAUCACCACCAUCACCACCAUCAUCACCAUCAUCACAAUCAUCACCAUCAGCACCAUCAGAACCAGCAUCACCGUCAGCACCAUCAUCACCAUCAGCACCAUCACCAUCAUCACCAUCAUCACCAUCAUCACCAUCAUCACCAUCAUCACCAUCAUCACCAUCAUCACCAUCAUCACCAUCAGCACCAUCACCGUCAGCACCAUCAUCACCAUCAUCACCAUCAGCACCAUCAGUACCAUCAGCACCAUCAGUACCAUCACCACUAUCACCACCAUCGUCACCAUCAUCAUAAUCAGCACCAUCAGCACCAUCAGCACCAUCAGCACCAUCAGCACCAUCAGCACCAUCAGCACCAUCAGCACCAUCAGCACCAUCAGCACCAUCAGCACCAUCAGCACCAUCAGCACCAUCAGCACCAUCAGCACCAUCAGCACCAUCAGCACCAUCACCACCAUCAUCACAAUCAGCACCAUCAGUACCAUCAGUACCAUCAUCACCAUCAUCACCAUCAUCACCAUCAUCACCAUCAUCACCAUCAGAACCAGCAUCACCGUCACCACCACCGUACGCUCCGCUGCGCAGCAUCUCCCGUGCUUACAUGCAUUUUGUUGGGGUGCAUUGCAUGUGGUGGUGGGGCCACCGCCUGUGUAUAGAUGUUCUCACUAG